AAAAAAAAAAAAAAAAAAAAAAAAAAACGAAGAAAGAGAGAAAGAAAGAAAAGAGGAAAAAAAAUCCCACCCACCCUCAUCUGCUGCGGAAUAAAAGAAAUAUCGGCGGGCGCGGCGCCAUGUGAGCGGCGGGCCGGGACCGGGCGGAGCAGCCGGCCGUGCCCCCCGGGACGGCGGGGCGAGCCCCGGGCGGCGCUCGGAGCCGGCGGCAUGGUGGAAAACCCCAGCCUGGCGGCCAAACCCGCCCUGCCGGCCGCCCCUCCGCGGGGGCCGGGGCCGGCGGGGGGGCUGCGCUUGGCGGCGGUGAUGGAGAGCCUUCAGCGGCAGCAGGCGGCCCGCCUGGCCCGCGGCCCCGACGGCGCUCCCCGACGGCCUCCCGCUGAGCCCGGUCCUGGCCCCGGGCCGCUGCCCGCCGCCCCUCGCCGCCGCCCGGUCCCCGACCAGCGCCCGCCGCCCGCCGCCGCUGGGGAGGAGGAGGAGGAAGAGGAGGAGGAAGAAGAAGAGGAGGAGGAGGAAGAAGAGGUGCCCCGGGAGCCUCCGCCUCCCCCACACCACGAGUGGACCUACGAGGAGCAGUUCAAGCAGCUCUAUGAACUGGAUGAGGACCCGAAGCGCAAGGAGUUCCUGGAUGACCUCUUCAGCUUCAUGCAGAAGAGAGGUAAAGGGACGCCUGUGAACCGCAUCCCCAUCAUGGCCAAGCAAGUGCUGGACCUGUACACGCUGUACCAGCUGGUGACGGACAAGGGUGGCCUGGUUGAAGUCAUCAACAAGAAGAUCUGGCGGGAGAUCACCAAGGGCCUCAACCUACCUACCUCCAUCACCAGCGCUGCCUUCACUCUCCGCACACAAUACAUGAAGUACCUGUACCCCUAUGAAUGUGAGAAGCGAGCGCUCAGCUCUCCAGGUGAGCUCCAAGCUGCCAUCGACAGCAACCGUCGGGAGGGACGGAGGCAGGCUUUCGGCACAGCACUCUUCAACUACUCACCAGUCAGCACCCCAACCCUGCUGGGCUCCCCAAAAUUGCCUCUGCCAGCUCUUAGCAUCUCCACACACAGCUGUGGCCAGCUCGGCCAACUGCAUGCAGUUAAGAAAGAGGAUGGCACGUUGGCAGCAGCAGUGCCGGGGCGCAUCGCUAUCCCGGUGGGACUGGCCGGCCACCAUCUCGCAGCAGCCCAAGCAGCAGCUGCCUCACAGGCGGUGGUGCUGGAGCAGCUACGGGAGAAGCUGGAGACGGGGGAGCCUCCGGAGAAGAAGGUGGCCCUGACAGUGGAGGAGCAGCAGCGGCUGGUGCAGCACGCACUGCAGCACAACCUCCUGGCCGUGGCUUCCCAGUUCCCCAUGAACAUCAAGAUCUCCAACCGAGAUGACAGACAGGAGACCGCAUUGAACCUGUCCACCAAUGGCAUUAGCAGUAUCAACAUGUCAAUAGAAAUAAAUGGAGUUGUCUACACAGGCGUCCUGUUUGCCCGCCGGCCCCCAGCACCCCCAGCACCCAGUGGAGGGAGCACUCAGAGCCGGCCGAACCCCAUGCCUGCCCCGAACCCACUGCUCCCAGCCCCCUCGCACAACCACACUCCCAGCAGCACCUCACCGUAAGGAGAGAUCCCCCCACCCAGCAGGGGGUCCCCAGAGCCUUGGGGGGGCUGAGCGGUGGGACCCAGCUGGGACACCAAGGUGGGAUGGGGGACCCAAAGGUGCCUCUUGCUGCAAUACUGAGCUGUGUCCGUGCAAGGCUGUGAGCACCCAUGUGGUCCCUUUUGUCCCUUAUCCCCAUGAUUGGGGUCCCUCCCACACGCAUGCCCUUGGACAUACAUAUCUUCCUCCUUAGUGCUGCCCCCAGGUAACCCACCCCGUACAGCUCCUGCCUGUCCUGCUGCCUGGGGCACCCCUGGGCCCCGCAUGCUGCAUCCCCUACACACUGCAGCCCCUGUGCCCACAUCACUGCAUGCAGCUGCAGCUUCUGUACACGUCUUAAUGGGUACACUGCAUCCUCUGUGUUGCCACACGUAGUGCAUCUCUUAUAUGCUGUCUCUGUUACACACAUCUCUAUGCACACUGUGUUCCUUAUACACACCCUCGAUGCAUACACUGCAUCACCUGCACGUUAAAUCCCUUGCACACAUUCGCAGUGCCCACACUGCAUCCCCUAUAUGCACCGUUGGUGCCCACAUUACCUCAUCCAUGCACAACCUCAGUGCAAACACUUCAUCCCCUAUACUCUGCAUCCCCUAUUCAUUGCAUCACCUAUACACUGCAUCCCCUAUAUACUGCAUCCCCUAUAUACUGCACCCCUUACCCUCUGCAGACCCUCCUGCCCAGCCCUCCUGCACUGCCUGGGCUUGCUGCCCCCAUCCUGAGAGACCCCCAGGGCCCUGGGUCCCCACUGGCCACACCAGGGUGGUGGCAUCUCAGCCCCCGAAGUCCUCACUCAGCUAAGGGUUCGCCCUGGGGGGCAGAUACUGGGGAGACCAGUGGGACUGGUGGGGGUGAGAUGUGACAGGUGGAAAUGGGGAUUAUUGGAGUGGGAGUGGGGAUUGUGCACUGGAAGGAGCUUGUUGGGGGGAACAGACAGGGCAGGGAGGCCCAGAAGUGUCCCCCACCACCAAAGACCACCCAGUUGCUGGGGUCCCCAGCUGGGGGGCAAGGAGACAGAGGGCACUCCGAACUACCUCGUUGGGGCCAGGCGGGCGCCUCCUCCACCCUCUUGCACCCCUGGGUGCCAAAGCAGGCGAGCGUGGAGCAACGUUCACCUCUACCUCAGCGCGGGGGGCCGGUGCUUGGUGCCGCCGGGCUCCCCACGGCACUCCCACCGCAGCCACGCAACUCUGUGUAUCUAUUAAAGGAAAUGAACUGCUGAACCAAACCAGGGUGAGCAUGAUGGU